GCGCGCUCGCUCGCGCCCACCCUCGCCCACACACGCGCCGCCGGGGCCGCAGGACGAAGAUGGCGACCGCCAUGUACUUGGAGCACUACCUGGACAGUAUUGAAAACCUUCCAUGUGAACUCCAAAGGAAUUUCCAGCUGAUGCGGGAACUGGAUCAGAGAACAGAAGAUAAGAAGGCAGAGAUUGACAUCUUGGCAGCCGAGUAUAUCUCCACGGUGAAGAACCUGUCCCCAGAGCAGCGUGUGGAGCACCUGCAGAAGAUACAGAAUGCUUACAGUAAAUGCAAGGAGUACAGCGAUGACAAGGUGCAGCUGGCCAUGCAGACCUAUGAGAUGGUGGACAAACACAUCCGCCGCCUUGACGCGGACCUUGCACGCUUUGAAGCUGAUCUGAAGGAGAAGAUGGAGGGCAGUGACCUGGAGAGCUCCGGAGGAAGAGGCCUGAAAAAAGGCCGGGGCCAGAAGGAGAAGAGAGGCUCCCGGGGUCGUGGGAGACGCACCUCGGAGGAGGACACUCCGAAGAAGAAAAAGCUCAAAGGAGGGUCGGAGUUUGCUGAGACCAUCCUCUCUGUGCACCCUUCGGACGUCCUGGACAUGCCUGUGGAUCCCAACGAGCCGACCUACUGCCUGUGCCACCAGGUGUCCUAUGGAGAGAUGAUUGGCUGUGACAAUCCAGAUUGUCCCAUAGAGUGGUUUCACUUUGCUUGUGUGGAUCUCACCACGAAGCCCAAAGGAAAGUGGUUCUGUCCACGCUGUGUUCAGGAGAAGAGGAAGAAGAAGUAAGGAUGACUCCGGAGGAGCGGUCACUACUUCCCUCCCUCCUUCCCGUUGUAAUAGCUUAUCUUUAUUUUUAAACUACCUUCUUGUUUUGGUCUGGUACUGAUUAUCCACUGGCCAGUUGUAAUUCUUGGUAUUUCAGAACAAAAAGCAGAAACCAGCUCUCUCCUCCGGGGAGAGACUCCUGUAGGUCACUGUGUCACAGGGACUUUGUUUUCCUCCUUCUUUAUGUGGAUUUCCCGAUAGCACUGAACCCGGCAGUCCCACUUUUGUGAUUCACAUGGGGUAUUUGCUAAAUAGGCGUCAGGAAAUGUGGGACUGCCACAAGGAAGAAGUCCACGGCCAUGAGAUGACCGCCCCCGUUGGUACCCUGGUGCCCGCCAUCGCCCCUCGGUAGAGGUGGUGGAGGAGCCCUGGGUCCCAGACGGCGAGGGCGCCCCUCCCCACUGGCCACUUCCCCCUGUGUAUGAGACGCGUGUGUCCGUAGGGCUGGGGCAGCCUCCUUGACAAGGCCUCGGCUCCCGUUGUGAAUCCAGUGACUGUGUUUACUUGUGGUAAGAGCCUGUGCCUGCCUGCUACGGGUUCAAGGGCUCUUACCAUUAGGAAGUGAUUUCUGCUUUAUUGUGCACUGCCCUGUUUGUUUGAAUUUCCACUCCUUCCCUCUCUCCGGGGCCGACGCGCCCAUUCCAGAGCACAAUGGGUUUCCAUUGGCAUGAGGCUCUCAGAGCUGCUGAUGGCCCGUUCCUCUGGAAGUUCCUCAAGUUUUUACUGUGAAGACAAGCUUAGUGUUUUAGCAUGAAGAUAGUGGGGUCUGAUGUGUUUUAUGAAGUGAAAGUCCAGUCUGCUAAGACCUGGUUUUAUAUCUGAUUUAUGUUGCACACUGUUAGAGCUAUGAGAUAAGAAGCUGUAUCUGAGGGAAUACUCUCCGAUGACGUGUGGAUUCUCGUAAUUCGGCCCCAGUUUGGAAAGGAAGCUGGUGGCCUGGGUAGACUUUUUACUUGAUCAGCGUUCACCACAAACCAAUGUUAGAGGAUCCUUUUCGUGGGAUUUUAGAUGAGUAGUUUAGUGUCAUGACAUUAACUUUGCUUUUUUUGAGAUUCCUAGAUAGACAGUGUUGGAAUUCUGAUAAUUCUCUGAGCAUCCCAGAAAUCCCUUAGCAUGCAACUAAAGGAAUUAAAAAGAGAACAGUAGGGGAGGGGCGACAAAUGUGCUUUCUGUCGAUCUAAUCAAGGACUAAAAUUCUAACUAUGAGAAGAUGCUGCUUUUGUUGUCUGUAGAAUGAGGGUAUUUGAAAAAAUGCUCUACUUUCCAGUUUUCCAGCGAUUUCAUUCUAAGAUGGGUGAGAGAUGAGGGCGAUCAGGACCGUGGCCGGCCUCUAUCACCCAGCUUAGUUCCAGUGGGCGAAAGGCUGUCAAAAGGCGAUGCCUUCAUUGGUCGUCGGCCAAGUGGAGCUGAGUGUUCUGAGAGCUCGCCCCUCCUCCUCUGCAGCCAGGCUGGUUUCUGUUGGGAACCUUGUGCUUCCGACAGAAAGCCAUGCUGAGGUUGUGGGGUUUAAGUCAUUGAAUCGUGGUGUUUACAUUCAGAAUUUUCGUUCCUUUUCAAGUUUUAGGUUUUAGGCUUGAGCACCUCUGAUUCUUGGGAAGUGGCUGGGGCAAAGGCCUGACUGGCCGUCCUUUCCUUCUGGUAAGGGGCAGACAGCCAUUCACCCUCUUCCUUGAGUCAUUGAAUGCUUUAUCCGCUCUCUUCAGUUGCUGUUGAAAAGCAGGGAAAAAAGUUGUAGAAAUUAUGGGGAAAAUAUUUUUCUAGAUUUUCUUCCCAGGAUGUAAUAAUGAAUAUAUAAGUACAGGAAAUUGGCAAGAAGAGAAUUUCUGCCGAUUCCUUAGUAGCCAAUUUAAUAACAUAUUUCUUUGGUCUCUGGCCACAUGGAAGAUGUUUUGCUCAUCAGUGUAGGAUUUGGGGAACUUAUUAGUCAUCACCUGGGGGCUUGUGAUCUCAUGAGAAAGGGAUUGAUUCCCACUCUUGGAGCCUCCGCCACCCGUGGAGGUGUUUGGUGAGAUGCCUCUCCUUAUUGUCCUGUCCUCUGUGGCCCUUUGCCUCCAGGAUUCUGCUUUGCAUUUGAAAUAAUGCCACCAAAACGUGAGGAACACGACUUUGGAACAAAUGGACAGAGAGGGACAGUGAAAAGGCCCCUCAGUAGUCUCUGAAUCCAGAUUCCAUGGGUCUGACCAAUGUGAUUGGGCGGGGUGGGUGGGUGGGUGGGUAGAUAAAUCUGAUCCCAGGGAGUGUGCCUGCACCUGCAGCAUUCCCCCAUCCUUCUUAGUCCUCCAAGUUUGGACCUAGCUUGAUUUUGGGGUCAAGACAUUUAAGCCUGUCCCCAAACCUGACCUAUGGUCUUGUCUGCCAUUGGAACUGGCCCCUUCUCCUUUAAGCUGGGAAGAAGAGCUUUGCCCAGGGCUGCCUUUGAAGGUAUGGGCUGAGUUGGGAAUGGUAGAGGAUGGGGGCUGGGUCUUACUUAAUCUUUGGCUCUCCCCCCAGCACCUAGCACAGUUCCCUCCCUGCACAUGCUUAGUGCUCAGUGUUUGUUGAUUGAAAUGAAUGAGUUUUGAAUGUCCCAAGACUAUUUAAUCCCACAGUUUAUGACACUGUAUAUGAGCCAGGUAUAAUGUAUUAUUCAUAUUUUUUUUGUGCUUACUUGCAAGUAAAACUAGAGUCUAUUCAGAAGAAAAGUCAGAACAUUUCAGGAGUUGAUUUUCCCUUCCUUGAUGCUUAGAUUAUUAGAUUUAGCAUUUUAGAGCAAUUCUGUUGUCUUCUGGGAGAAAACAUGCUGCAUUUUAAAGACUUUUAAAGUGUUUGUUUCAUCGGGUCCCAUAAACCUGUGUGUUUGCCUGUAGUGAAAUUGCUGGCUGGAGCAAGUCCCUUAGAAACUGCGCCCUUGAAGGCAGGCCGGAGCUCCUGAAUCUAGAGUGCAAAGCUGGGGCUCCAGCAGUGGGGCUCAGGACUGUCUUGUAGCGCAAGCCCCAGGGGCUUCUCUUUAGCAGUGACGCUAGAGAAAAGGGACCAUUUCCCUGUCAGUCAUAGGCUUAAACUUCCUUUUUUUUCUUUUUUUAAACUUUCUCCCAUGACCCCUCUGAACGGAUCAUGUGUUUGGCACUGGAGCGAGGGCAAUUUAAUCUUAUCUGGUGAUAAAGCUGGCCCGAGAGCAGCGUUCUCUGGAUUUGGCAGCGUCUGCUCCACAUGGUGGGGGGGAGGGAGGGUUGAGGGUGGUAGUGGGUAGGGACUUGGGUUUUCUUUUUUUUCUUUUAAACAAAAUGAAGAAUUUUGAUUCUGGGCAUCGGAAAGUUUUGAGGUUUCCUAGGUUUUGGGUGUUCCAGUGUUUGCUGUUCAUCACCUUUGCUGAAAGGGAUUGAAAAACUGGGGGUAUCUAAGAUUGUUCUAAUUCACGUAAGGUUACAAAGAUGUUUUUUCACGUACGUGUAUAUUUGUCUUCAGCUUUACCACAUUUCAUCCAAAAAGAUGAUGAUGCAGCUUUAACAUGAAUGUUACAUUUUAUUUUCAAAGGAAAUAUGUUCCCUUUGUAAAUGGAAGAGAAUAUUGUAAAUCUUUUUAUUAAAAAUAAUGUAAAGAUGUAUAUCUGUAUUUUUGGAUCAUGUUAUAGAUAAUGGAUAUAUUGUUUAAUAAAUAAAAUAUUUUUGGGAACAAAACCAA